AUGUCUACCGAAGCCCACCCCGUCUCCUCCACCUCAAAACCGGCGCCCCCAGCCGAGGGCAUCAACCCCGUCACCAAGAACGCCUCUGCCGAAGCCAAGGCGGCAAAGAAGGAGGCCAAAAAGAGCAAGGGUGGAUCCUCGUCCGGUCCUCUUGUGCUGAGCCCAGAGCCCGCAUUCUUUGACGAGAGGUUGAAGAUCUAUGACGAGUACAAGGCCAAGUACGAGAAGUUUGUUGCUGAGCAACCUCGUGAACCCAUCACCAUCACUUUCCCCGAUGGAAAGACCGCCGAGGCCACUUCCUGGGAGACCACCCCCCUCCAGCUCGCCAAAAACAUCUCUUCCUCUCUCGCCGAGCGAGUCAUCAUCGCGAAAGUCAACAACCAGCAAUUGUGGGACCUCACCCGCCCUCUCGAGGCUUCCUGUUCUCUUGCUCUUCUUGAUUUCGACUCUUCCGACAACAACUACGAGGCGAGACAGGUGUUCUGGCAUUCUUCCGCGCACGUCCUCGGUGAGGCUUGCGAACGUCGAUACGACGGAUGCUGUCUCGGUUACGGUCCCCCUAUCGAGGAAGGUGGUUUCUUCUACGACAUGAGCCUUGCUGAAGGCAGGACCAUCUCCCAAGAAGACUACAAGCCUAUUGAGGACGUCUGCAAGAUGGCUGUGAAGGAGAAACAACCUUUCGAGAGGCUCGAGCUUCCCAAGGAGGUGCUCUUGAAGAUGUUUGCAUACAACAAGUACAAGCAGCACUAUAUCCAGGACAAGGUUCCCGAUGGAACAUCAUCCACUGUCUACCGAUGUGGUCCCUUGAUCGACUUGUGUCUCGGUCCCCACGUUCCUCACACUGGUCGUAUCAAGUCUCUUGCUGUCACCAAGAACUCUUCUUCCUACUUCCUCGGUGACGCCAAGAACGACACCUUCCAGCGAGUCUACGGAAUGUCCUUCCCCGACAACGCCCAGAUGAAAGAGUACAAAAAAUACCUCGAAGAGGCCGCCAAGCGUGACCACCGAAAGAUCGGCAAGGAGCAAGAGCUCUUCUUCUUCAACGAUCUCUCUCCUGGGUCCGCCUUCUUCUUGCCCAUGGGUAUGCGUAUCUACAACACCCUCAUGGACUUCAUCAAGGGCGAAUACUUUAAGCGUGGCUUCACCGAAGUCGGCACUCCCAACAUGUUCAACUCCAAGCUCUGGGAGACGUCUGGUCACUGGCAAAACUAUGCCGAAGACAUGUUCCAGCUCAAGGUUGACGAAGACACCUUUGCUUUGAAGCCCAUGAACUGCCCUGGACACUCUGUGAUGUUUGGCUCGAGGGAGAGGAGUUACAAGGAAUUACCGUUGAGGUUUGCCGAGUUUGGUGUGUUGCACCGAAACGAGGCGAGCGGAGCCCUCUCAGGAUUGACCCGAGUCAGGAGAUUCGUUCAGGACGAUGCGCACAUCUUCUGUACCCCCGAGCAAGUAGAGUCUGAACUCUACGCUGCCUUCGACUUCCUUGACGCUGUCUACAAACCCUUCGGCUUUACCUACAAAGUCGGUCUCUCCACCCGUAACCCCAAGAAGUGGAUGGGUGACCUCGGCAUCUGGGACAACGCGGAGAAGACUCUGAGAGAGGUUUUGGAGCAGAGGGUGCCCGGAAACUGGCACGUGAAUGAGGAAGAUGCGGCUUUCUACGGUCCCAAGCUGGACUUCCAGUUGACCGAUGCCUUGAAGAGGAACUGGCAAUGUGGUACCAUUCAGCUCGAUUUCAACCUUCCCGAGCGCUUUGACCUCAAAUACCACUCUGCUACUCAGUCUGCUGAAGGCGCCCAGUUCGCCCGCCCUGUUAUGAUCCACCGUGCCAUUCUCGGUUCUCUCGAGCGAUUCAUCGCCAUCAUCACCGAGUCUUCCGGUGGCAAGUGGCCUUUGUGGCUUUCGCCCAGGCAGGUCGUUGUCAUCCCAGUGGCGAAGCCCUAUGUGGAGUAUGCGCAGAAGGUUGCCAAGACUUUUGGCGACGCGGGUUUGUUUGCGGAGGUCGAUAUGACCGACAACACCCUCAACAAAAAGAUCAGGAAUGGUCAGACUGCCCAAUGGAACUUUAUCAUCGUCGUUGGAGAAGAGGAGCUUAAAGCCAACGCCGUCAACAUCCGUAACCGUGAUGACGAAGUGCAGGGCCGAGAAGAGACUGUCGACCUUGGCGUCGCUGUGCAGAAGAUCUUGAAGUUGAAGGAGAGCAGGGCGGCUGUCAGCAAGUUGGAUUGA